AUGUUCGGCUAUAUGUCCGACUUGAUCAGCAGACUCGUGGUGGCAUGCGAGGACCCAUCCUUAAGCAGCCAAGCAUCUCACAUCUCGACAUUUAUUCACUUCUUCAACGUGAUCGUCUCACAGUGUAUGACUGGAGAUUAUGUGGACGAAAAUCAAGAUGCAAACGUAGAAAAAUGUUUGAUUUUUGGUAUGCAUCGGCGAGCUGGCAUUUAUCGGUACAAAAUGGAUGGUAAUCUUUUCGACAGGAAUGACGCGAUCCAGCAAUUAGCAGCUGUUGCCCGUUCUGUUGCCUUGGACGCUUUGUUAGGCACUGACUUAAUCAAAAUCAAAAGCAGCGAGCUGCCCGAAUGUUAUGCAGCGAUGCGCGAUGCAUGGAAAAACUUUUGCUCCUAUUUGGUUUUGAACAAUCAAAUUCUUCUGGCCAUUUGCACACGCUCUUCAUUCUCACUAUUACCAUGCUAUGUAGCUGCGAAUCAAGUUGACAUGGUGCGCGGCGAGCUGCGUAGCACUACUGAAUUGCUAAUGGAACGCAUAUUGUCACAGAGCAAUGCGGACUUGGAACUUUGCGUAAUAUUGUUAUUCGCAGCACCCGCAACUGAUAUUAAGGAAAAUACCCCAUGGAAUCAGAUUUAUGUGUAUAUUCAGAUCCUGGUACGAACACGCUCGUGGGCAGUAAAAUGCAAAUCGCCACACGUUAUGCUCAGUUUGAUUCGUCUUGCCAAAUUUUGUGCCAUUGUUUUGGGCGAUGACUCAACAUUCAAGCAAUUAAAUCAUUAUUAUGCGCUGAAUUUUUGGAUCAAAAAAUUGGGCAAAUUUGGUGCGAUUUGUCCGUCACAACAUGGAGCAUUAGAUACAACAGUGCAGGAAUUUGUGCGUUGUCGCGUACCAGUUGAAGUCUUAAAUGAGUAA